AUGACAUCCCAAUCUAAGGGUCGCGUUUUGCUUGCCUACUCUGGUGGCCUGGACACGUCUUGUAUUUUGGCAUGGCUGAUCGAGCAGGGAUAUGAAGUCUAUGCCUUCAUGGCAGAUGUUGGCCAAGAGGAGGACUUUGCUGCUGCCGAGAAAAAGGCACUAGCCGUAGGAGCUAAGAAGUUCUUCCUCGAGGGCGUCUACCUAUUAGGGACUUCGCUGGCUCGGCCCGUUAUUGCUCGUGGCAUGAUAGCCGUAGCGGACCGAGAGGGGUGCGACUUUGUUUCCCACGGCUGCACAGGAAAGGGCAAUGAUCAGGUCCGGUUCGAGCUCGCCUUUUACGGACUUAAGCCGAGUAUCAAGGUUAUUGCUCCAUGGAGAAUUCCUGCAUUCUAUGAACGUUUUGCGGGACGUCCCGCUUUACUUGAAUUCGCGUCCCAAAAAAAUAUCCCUGUUGCUCAAACUGCCGCCAAGCCUUGGUCAACAGAUGAAAACCUAUUCCAUAUCUCCUACGAAGCUGGAAUUCUGGAAGAUCCAAACACCACCCCACCCGACGAUAUGUGGAAACUAACCGCGUCCCCUGAGCAGGCUCCCGAGCAACCUGAUCAAAUUUCCAUCGAGUUCAAACAAGGACUCCCCGUUAAGGUGACGCACGGAGACAACACUUACACGGAUGCUGUUGAGAUCUUCCUUUCCCUCAACGCGCUCGCCCGCAAACAUGGUAUUGGGCGCAUUGACAUUGUCGAGAACCGGUUCAUUGGAGUUAAAUCUCGUGGAUGCUACGAGUCGCCCGCCGCCAGUAUUCUUCGUGUCGCCCACAUGGAUAUUGAAGGGUUGACGCUGGAUCGUAAUGUUCGCGCCCUGCGUGAUCAAUUUGUGACCGUUCAAUUGAGCCAAAUCCUGUACAAUGGAUACUUUUUCAGCCCGGAGCGUGAGUUCGUUACAGCGUCCAUUCCGGCCAGCCAACGCACAGUCAACGGAGUUGUUCGCCUCAAGCUAUAUAAAGGCAAUGUCAUUGUAGAGGGACGAUAUUCUAACGAAGGACUAUACGAUGCACGCCAGUCUUCCAUGGAUGAGUUAGGAGGGUUCGAACCGACGGAUACCACCGGGUUUAUUCAAAUCGAGUCCAUCCGUAUUAGGAAGUGGGGCGAAGCCAACAUCGCGAAGGGGCAGGCGGGCGUCGAGCCUAAAGACGUAUAUGGCACCCGUGUUUAA